GUUGUGUCAUUGUGUACUCGGUUGUCUCAUUGAUCGGUCGUCGUCCGAAAAUCGUUCGGUGCUUUAUCUUUCCCCACGCUUUCGGAACCUAGAAGAGGAUUGUGUGCCGGCCUGCGUUUGUGCUGACUAAGUAAAGGAGAAAAAGUGUGCCGUUCGCAAAGUUUUUGCCAAAGAGAAGUAGUUCCAGUCCGGCGUGAAAGGAUCGAAGAAAAUGAUGAUUUCGUCUCGGUGCACCAUCAAGUUGGCACUGAUUAGUGCGCUCGUUGUCCUGGUGUCCGCUCAGCCACAACCAGCGGAUGGAACCCCAGCGGCAACGGCCCAGAAGCUUCCGGAAGCGGUGCUCGAAGUUGACGAUGUGACCACCCCAGUUACCCCCGAUGACAACAACACGACCACUCCGGCAACCACGACGUCACCGACUCCGGAAACUACAACGUCAACCAGCACGACGCCCAAACCGACACCGACCCCGGAGCCACCGACCCCGAAUCCCCCGAAUACAACCACCAGUACCACCACCACCAGCACGACCCCCAGCACCACCACCAGCAGCACUACAACCGUGGCUCCGCCGACUCCGGCUCCAAACACGACCACCACGGCCGUACCGCCGACCACCACAACGCCCGCCCCGACUCCGGUGCCGCACUGCAAGCGCUUCGAUGCGUACUCGUUCGUGGGCGGCAUGAUCCUGGCCUACGGUUCGCUGGCCAUCUCGCUCGUCCUCUACAAGUUCUACCAAAUGCACCGGAAUGGGAACUCCACCGGCAACAGCAGCAACUACCGCACCCUCUAAGCGGGGUGACGCUAAUGCUGUUGCACGCGUCCCUAAUUCUGUUUCGUAUCUUUUCCGCCCAGUUCGCAAGUCCAUUCUUCAGACGCCCGGUCGAGCCGGGCAGGAAGAAUGGUUGUCUUAUCUUGUAUUUUGUCCCGUUUGAUUUUUUCCAACCCGUGAAUCCGUGUUUGUUUUUUACCAGCGCAACAAAAAGGACAUCAUCCCCCUUCAUUCAGUUAGCAAUUAGUCGGUAGUUGAUAGGGAACGAGCGAGAGCAGAAGAGAAGAUGGUUGGCGGUACUCUCAUUCGCGUAUCAUUCCUUUGCCCCAUUUUGCCACCCCUCCUCCCCGCGUUGUUGCCAUUCGAGGAGCAGCAGAACCGUGCGCGCCCGAUCGGCGGUAGGUGGUGCGGCAGUCCCAUCGGACGUCCCAUCUUUCAUCAAUCCGCCGUGUGCGCGCCCCCCCCACACGAUGUUAUCGAGUACCAAAGUGCCAGUAAAACAAAAACCGUGAAAACCGUUUACAAGAAAUAUCAGAAAGCCUCGAAUUUGUACAGCUCAUUUAUGAUCCCUUCCUACACAGUGCGCGCCUUCUGGCUGGCUGGGAGUCAUUCGCUCGGUUUCAUUCGUUUCGCAUUUAAUUUCGCGAAUCCCCGAAAGGGAGAUCUUUGAGCAUUUUCCUAUUAUGUUCUUUUAUUAUUAUUCCUCCUUGCAUUUCAGCGCACCUGUGAAACGGUGCGAUCGUAUGAUCUUAAAUUACCCCUAAUCGUUUACUGCAUUCUACCAGAGUGAGAAAGUUAGGAGAGAGCGAGAGAAAGAGAGAUAGCGAGCGGAUAAGAAGCAGAUAGGAAACUUUGUUUUCUGCGCCGAGUUUUAUACCAAAAUUAUCUACUAUUGUGUGAUCUAGGCGAUCACGGCAGACACUCUGAAACAAAACACACACUCACAUACCUAUACCAGGAGACAUCGUGUCCUGCUCCGUAGCAUAUCCGGAUAUCCGGCCGAUCACAGCUAGUAGAUCGAGCGGACGUAUCGGAGAUCACACUAGGAACAAUACAUUCAUAUUAAAACGUACACACACACACACAUGCAUGCAGGGAAGUGUCGGUCUGACGGUCGGGUAAUUCGGUCAAUCGGUCGAUCAGUAUCUUUAAUGUGGCCACUCUCAGCCACAUCCGUUCCGUUCAUCAUCACCACGCCGCCCCGGAAGGAAUAGUUGUGCGCUGCGUACCGGGAGGGUUGAGAGCGAAGUGGUAAACUAAAUUUGUUAAUGUAAAAAAAACGAACUCUUUAAAACUGAAAUGUGUAUUGAAAUAAAAGGCUGAGUAACGAUAUCAAGGCGUGUCGCUUCCCGCGAGCGCGCCGAGCAGGAAACCCGAGAACCGCGCGUGGCGCUUCUUCAUCCUUUCUUUAACGGGGCACCCGAGGGCAAUCGGGAAACUGGGGAAGGAUGGGCUGGGUCGGGUUCGCUUUACAUCCGCAUCGAUCCGCGUUCCGAAAGAACGUCCUAUCGAAAGUGCUCUUAAGUAGAAGUUAAUGUGUGCGACGAUCCGUGGAUACCGUUCGAUUUCAAUCCGGACACGGUCAGGAUGCACUUUGCAGGUGACAAAGGCAACAUCGUAACAUUCAGCAGAUCGGACUCUGAAAACUCUGUAUUUAAAUCAUAAAAGGGGGCUGUUGUAACACACUAUUACACUUAAAAUUAGUGAAAAAAUACAUUUGAAAGUAACGAGAGAGAGUGCGAUUAGUAUUACAGCUUCGGGGCCAUUCGGACCCGUAAGCUUUCAACGAAAAUUUUGGAUCCUUGAUACGACAAGACCCUUCUCUGGUAUUUACAGCUUGUCCCAUCUAUCGAUGUAACG